CCGCGGGUGCUCACGAGGCUUCGCCUUCCCUCAGGCGCGGGGCCGUGACCAUGCUGGGAGGGGACGAGUUCAUCAGCUCCCCGCCCAGGAAGACGGUGCGGUUCGGGGGGACUCUGACGGAUAUCUUGCUGAAGUACGAAAAGGGAGACACCACAGAUUUUGAGUUGUUAAAGCAUCAGCUGUCAGAUCCAGACAUAAAGGAUGCCCAGAUCAUUAAUUGGCUGCAUGAAUUUCGAGCUUCUGUUGCAUAUUUGACCAAAGAACUUGAACAACUGGUCAACAUUUUGCUGAAGCUGCCAUGGUUGAGAAGAAGCCGAGAGGUAGUGGAAGAAUAUCUGGGUUUUCUUGGCAAUCUAGUGUCAGCACAAACUGUCCAUCUUAGGCCAUGCCUCCGGAUGAUUGUAUCGCAGUUUGUGCCCCCUCGAAUAACCAUCAGAGAAGAUGAUGUGGAUAUUUCAGAUUCUGAUGAUGAUGAUGAAAACCUUUCUGAAAACUUUAAUACAUGCCAUAGAGCAUUGCAAACUGUUGCAAGAUAUGUUCCUUCGACACCACAAUUUCUCAUGCCGAUACUUGUGGAAAACUUUCCUUUCAUUAAUAAAUCAGAAAGGACUCUGGAAUGUUAUGUUCAUAACCUGCUACGAGUUACGGUGUACCUUCCAACUCUGAGGCUUCAAAUUCUGGAGCUUAUUAUUGAAAAGCUGUUGAAGUUGGAUGUUAGCACUCCACAGCAAGAUAUUGAAGACGCUGAAGAAACUGCUAAUAACUCUGAUAAUGAGGAAAAAUCUAGAGAGGAGGGACUUUUUGACAUGGAGGAAGAUGAAGAAAGAAAAGGAAACAAAGUUGUCUCUUCCAGUAGUGAGAGAAUGGCCCAUCCACUUGCAGAGCGCCUUGAUAUUUUGAUGACCAUCCUGUUUUCCUAUAUUAAAGAUGUUUGCCACGUGGAUGGCAAGCUUGAUAUCAACAACACAAAGGAUUUGUAUCGGGAUCUGGUUUCUGUUUUUGACAAGCUCAUUUUACCAACCCAUGCUUCAUGUCAUGUACAGUAUUUCAUGUUUUACAUCUGUAGCUUUAAAUUGGGGUUGGCUGAGGCAUUUUUAGACCAUCUUUGGAAAAAACUGCAUGAUCCAAACAAUCCUUCAGUGAUCAGGCAGACUGCUGGGAGUUAUAUUGGCAGCUUCUUGGCAAGAGCUAAAUUCAUUCCAGUUGUUACAGUAAAAGCAUGCCUGGAUCUUCUGGUUAACUGGAUGCAUAAAUACAUUGAUAAUCAGGAUACAGGGGCUAAUGCUUACUGUGAUGUAGCUCUCCACGGGCCAUUUUAUUCUACAUGUCAGGCGGUGUUCUAUACGCUUAUUUUCCGUCAUAAGCAGCUUUUGGAUGGCAACUUAAGGAAAGGUCUGUCAUAUCUGCAGAGUUUAAAUUUUGAGCGCAUUGUCAUGUGUCAGCUAAACCCUCUGAAGAUUUGUAUACCCUCGGUUGUGAACUUGUUUGCUGCCAUUACCAGGAAGUACCAGUUGGUGUUCUGCUACACAAUUAUUGAGAGGAACAAUAGGCAGUUCAUACCAGUUGUUCGGAGUGGCACUGGGGGUGACCUUGUGCAGACAUGCACUAACCCACUUGACAGUUUCUUCCCCUUUGACCCCUACGUGCUCAAAAGAUCAAAGAAGACUAUUGAUCCUUUUUAUCAGUUUUGGGAAGAGCUGAGUGCUGAAGAUCUUGAGAACCUGAAGAAACCCAUUAAAAGGGGUACUUCUGAAGAUGAAGAUGAUGACUUUUUGAAAGGAGAAACCCCUCAAAAUGAUGGUGUGGUUGGAAUUGCACCAAAUUCUUACGAGUCAAAUACCCGGAGCCCAGUGAGCAGCAUUGGCUCCCCUCCAGACUGUUAUGUGCCAUACCCUCAAUGACGUGGAGAAUCAGAAGUGAAAAGGUUGAAAAUUGUGUGCAAUUUUUUGCUCUGUAAAGAGACUUCAGCUCAACUUUCCAAACUGGCAAAUGUUUAAGUAACUACAUUUAAGAAAAAUUACUGUUUCUUAAUCAUCAGAUUUCUACAGAUAUGUUAUGAUAAAGUCAUAUGUUGCUAGAAAAGCCUAGAGAAUAAAUAGGGUGAUAUUUUACAAA